AAUUAAAAUAAAAUAAAACAUAAAAUGAAAGUGUAUCAAAUAGUCCAGUUCAAUCUAUUGCAGACAGGUUGCUCGUUACAAUUCCUCACCAAUGAAAGCAUAUUCAGGUAUAAUUCUGCUUGUAGGAUGCAGAAAACAUGCUUUUUCUAAGCUUGGUGUGUUUCAAAGCAACAUACACGGGCACAAUGACAGGUGGGGCAUGUCAUUACAACUAAAAUAUGGGUCCAGUUAAACAACAGCAGAUGUUUCUGAGGUAAGUAAAGGAAAUAUAGACUGAAACCUAAAUCUAUUCCGACAUGAGAUGUGGUUAAAACCGCAGAGAAUACUGUAACAUGGUGUUUAGGGGCUUUCUAGUUGUAGGAAGAUAGUUUUAUACGGAUCAUACCAAGUACCUUUUAAAAUGUUACAUUUUAAAAUGGAUCAAUUACCCAGUUCAACUGAUAUCUUAGCAUGAAUACUAAUUAAAUAUUACACUCGUAUUAUUUUGUGUCACUUUAUGUCACAUCCCUGCAACAACUGGCCGUCUCUUUACCGACACGCCACCCCUCUACGGAAGUGGUUUGCGCCUCACUCCAGCUGAUCGGCCCAGGAUUCCCCCCGAUGGCUCUGCCCGUCGUCGGCUUUGACGGCUCCGGUUUUUCCAACGCCGAUUUAAGCAGUUAUAAAUCUACGGAGUCCGUGGCCGCUCGUGUCGGCAGACUGUCCCUCGUCCGGUGAAACGUCGAAGGACACUCUGGCCGCGGCGUUGACUCUGUACUUGUCUCGGCGAGGGGGACGUCUGAACACAAAUACGAGGCCCUCACUCCCAACCCCGGGAUUCACACCUGCUACGCGGAACAAGCCUCACGCGAAAGACCGACAUGGGGGACACGGGGAGCGAGGGCAGCAAUCCGCCGAGUAACGUGAACGUCGUAUCCCCGCGCUGCUCCUGUGGUUUCUGGGGAUCGAGCAAAACUAUGAAUCACUGCUCAAAGUGUUUCGCAGAUAUUCAGAAGAAACAGCCGGACGACGAUCGCGCCCCAAAGGCCUCUUCGAGCUCCGGCAGCAGCCAGGCAGACAUCUUCCGCACUGAAACAAACGGCGGCAUCAGUCAGUCGCUAAUGUCGAUGCCGAAAGCGUCUGAGGACCCGUCGCCGGGGGAGACGGGAGCGCCAUCUCUACCCGCUCUGGACGAAGUCUCCAGCGCGGACGCGGUCUUCAGCUCGCUCUCCACUCCCACCAAGCGCUCCCUUGAGUCAGCUUCGGAGUCGGAAAGUGACGUUUCACCCGAGAAGAGGGCGAGAGUGGGCGACGGGCCGGAGGGCGAAGAGUCUUCAUCGUCAUCCUUAUCCGCGUCGUCGUCUCGCGGCGGCUCCAAGCAGCGGAGCCGCAAGCGCUGCCAUCGCUGCCAAACCAAACUGGAGCUGGUUCAGCAAGAGCUGGGUUCCUGUCGCUGUGGUUAUGUCUUCUGUAUGCUCCACCGGCUUCCGGAGCAACACGAGUGUCUGUUCGACCACCUGGGCCGCGGGCGCCAGGAGGCCGUCCUGAAGAUGGUCAAGCUGGACCGCAAGCUGGGCCGCUCGUGCCAGCGCAUCGGGGAGGAGUGCUCCUGAGCGCCGGCCCCUCCCCCGAGAGUCUCAGUGUUCAGACACGGCGUCUUAGCACCGACAGGGAUCUGAUUUUUUUUUGAUUAUUUAGUUUUCUUCUCAUUUAGUUUUUCUUGCAGUUUUUUUUUUUUUUUGGGAUACAAAACCUCCACCCUUUUCUUUUUUUAAAUUAUGCUCGCUCUUUUACCCAUAAUGCCCCCCCCCCCCCCCCCGUUGUUUUCUGCUUCUGUUUCGGCUCCAUCGUAUCCCCGCUGCUAAAAUGCCUUUUUUUGUUUUGUUUUUUGGAAUGAAAAAAAAAAUCCCAACCCAGGAACGACGGAACAAUAAAAGGAGCGACGGAAGAAUAUAUACAACCUCUUCACUUUGUUUGCGAGCGGAUGAGACGACGCGAGCGAGAGUCGAGACGACGGAGAAGAAAAUGCAACGCUUGAUACAAAUGUUUGUCCCCGGAAAGCCAGUUUAAGACGAUUACUCUUUACCUCAAAAAAAGAAAGAAAAUGAAAGAUCGACGACGAAGUGAAAAGGACGGACGCCCUUUCGUGUCGACCUCUGCUGCGGCGCCGGUUCUAGACUGCUCUUUACCUCAAAAUCAGACAGAGCUGAUUUGUACUCCGCGCCGAGACACGGACUUUGUGAAGCGAGCCAGCCUCAGUUAAAGUCGGUGUGUUACCCCCCGCCCCCCCCCCCCCACUGGCCGUCCACCACCGCAGACCAUCAGUUAAUCCUCCGCCUCAGGAUCUUCGCCCCGCCCCUUUCCGAUUUGCAUCGCCCUCCGCCUCUUUGUUCCGUUUUUUAAAAAAUCACACAAAAGGUGUUUUCUGCUCUUUUUUUUUUUUUAAGGAGGCCAUUGUGGACACUUAAUCUGGGGAGAUUAUUAUAAAUCCAAAUUCCCGAAUUUUCACGCCGGUGGAAGUGAGCCGCUCGCCCUCGGGGAGCGCACGCCGAUCCGUCGUCGGGAUUGUGAUCGGUGGAGACUUUUAAUUUCUCUGUCUUCCUCUUUUCGUCCCUAUUCGCCGCCCCUCCCCCGCACGAAGACACGCCCCCCCCCCUCCCAACGACAAUGUGGAUUACGUGUACAAACUUCAGGAAGACGACGUUUAACAGGACGUGACGCGUGUUGAAAAUGUGCGUAUGCUCUCGGACCUGAAAUGUCUGCGUUGUGCACGCCCACACACACACCUCCACGCUCUCACACUCGUUUCUCUCGCACCCUUUCUUUUGUCUUCUGCGCUCGACUGUUGUUCACAUUGAGCACAAGCCGGCAGCGUCGGACACCGCCGUUGAAGUUGGGACCGAGGCGGCGGAGCGCCACUCGGAGGUUCCCGUUUAAGAUGUGUGUGUGUGUUGGUUGUUAUAGUUCAGGUUUCUCCAUGAUGUCUUAGACCUUCGUUUCUAUUAUCCACAUUUAAAGGUGAUUUGAUACAGUACUUUAAUUUCCCUCCUUCCUUUUUUUUUUUAGGCCCCGUGUUUCGAUGAGCUCUCCUCCUCCGGCCUUCCACUUUUCAUAUCUCGUCUCUCACCUUCUUGAUUUGCUCCCCCCCUCCCUCUUUCCUGCGGGAGAGGGGGAGGGGCGGCUGGGGUGCGCAGCGCGGCUGAAAGUUUAAACUCAAAUAAUUACUUUUCCAAAUGUUUUCCUUGUGGACCGUGGAAGGAGUGAACAGAACAUGCAUAAUAAAUGAAUAUUCUGUAUCUUAAAGAACAUCUUAUUUAACCCCCUUUUAUUUUGUUGCUUUUCACUUACACUUUAGUGUAGAACUGCUUUCUUUUUUGUUGGGUUGUAAUGUGGUUAUAAAAUGGGAAGAUGAACGUGGACAAUUCUAUAUUUUUUUGUUUCCAUUGUUUUUACUUUAUGCUUCCGCUUUCCAAAUUUUCUUUUACUGCGAAAGAAUAAACUGGAUUAGACAAAGUGUGAA